UGGCAGUGUGUACCCAGCUGUCAGUAUUUCACAUAUAAGCCAGCAGCCAAUAACACGCACAAGUCCAGAGUCCAGCUACUGUACCUGUGAGGUUUUUCCGUUCUUCUCUGGUCUCUUAUGCAAACAUUUUUCUGUGUGAUUCAUAAGUAAUAUGGAGCAGAUCACCGACUUUCUCUGCAGGUAUAAAAACUACAACUUUGCCAUCGGUUACACAACUGCAGAGUACAUUGAUUCACUCCAAAGCUUUGAAAUUCGAGAUAGCGACAUAUUCCUCGUCACUUAUCCAAAGUCAGGCACUAUAUGGACUCAGCAGAUCAUCAUCUCCAUCUGUGAGUUAGACGGGGGUCUGAAUGAAUAUCCAAACAACUUGGAGCAGAUGCCAUGGCUGGAGUACAGGGAGGGUCGAGAAGAUUACGCCCUACGACCCUCUCCACGGCUCUUCGCCUCUCACCUCACCCCGGCUCUCAUGCCUCCGGGACUAAAGGACAAGAAGGCAAAGAUUAUCUAUGUGAUGCGUAAUCCAAAGGACAACAUCGUCUCCUAUUACCACUUCAGUAGCGUCUGUGGCGACCUGGAGACUCCCAAGAGCUUUGAGCACUUUUUUGAGGAGUUUUUGAUGGGCAACGUUGGAGCAUCAUCCUGGUUCGACCACAUCAGGGUGUGGCAUUCAAAGAGAGACCAGUACAACAUCCUCUUCCUAACCUAUGAGGACAUGGUUUUGGACCUGAAGGCGGCAGUAACUAAGAUCUGCAUUUUCUUAGGGAAAAACCUGAGUGAAGCAGCCAUUGAGCAAGUUGUAGAAAAAUCUACAUUUAAGAACAUGAAGAAAGACUCAAAAGCCAACUAUGAGUUUCUGCCACAAGAGAAGCUGAGGGGAGACUUCAUGCGCAAAGGUAAGAUCGGUGACUGGAAGAACACCUUUACUGCCGCGCAGAGUGAAAGAGUGGAUCAACUCCUUCAGGAGAGACUCGGUGAUAUGUCUCUGAAGUUCAUCUGGGAAUAAGCAGAGCAGCCACACCAAUCAUAAGAUGUUCUUAUUCCUUUAAAGCUAAAAACCCCAAAAUGCACUGGCACUGUGCCUUGCAUCAUUAAUUUUAUUAUACACUGUAUCGUGAAGAUUGUGAUUGGAAGAUCUGCGAUGAAACAUUUAUAAGAUUGAUGUUCCAGGCAUUUUUUUCAAUUGAGGAAUUUGGGACCAGUGCGGUAUUUUAUCGUAACUGUAUAUUGGAAUGUUUAUGGAUUAAUUUUGUUAUACAUUGUUACUGUGAUUGAUCUUUCUUUUCAAAUUAAAUGAUGUAUGUUUAGGACUGCUAGAAGCCAAUUGGCUGUCUUUUCACGAUGAUCCUACCCCCUACCUCCCCAAAAAGGACCACAAUGGAAAUAAGCCUUUGGACUUUAUUGUGUUUUUAUCCUUUUGAUGAUUUGUGUGUCUGGGGCAAUCAAUCAAUCAUAUACAGUAUCUCCUAAUGUGUAAAUUGUUGUUAUGCAUCACAAAAUGCUUUCAGACCCAUGUUUGGAAAAAACUGAACACACGAGCAGAAAACACUAAUAAAUGCAGUUGGCCAA